CGACGGGGCGAGGUCAACAUUGAACAAUUGUGGUCGUCAUACCUUCCCAAGAGCAUGCCGAUUGAGCGCGUGAGGCGAUAUUCCUCGGGAAUAUAGUACGGCCGAUAUGGCCGAAUGAUGACUGUUUUCGUAUCUGGGCUACCUAGCAAGACUUCAUCAUGGGCAUCAAAGGGAUAUACCGGGAAAUAGGCCCCGGAAAGCGCAAGUCGCUUUGCAAACUCGCGGUCGACCAGCUAGAAAGGACAGGAAGGCCAUUCCGCCUGGCAAUUGACAUUUCCAUCUGGCAAUUCCAAGUCCAAGCAGCGCGAGGGGGUGCCAAUCCCGCCAUACGGACGCUCUUCUACCGCCUCGCACGGCUUCUGGGCCAUUCGAUCCAGCCCAUAUUCGUCUUCGAUGGCCCCAACAAGCCCGCCUUCAAGCGCAACAAGCGUUCCCUUGGGAGUGGCGACCCCGGGGCCAAGGCGAUGGCAAAGCGGUUGAUCCGGCUGUUUGGUUUUGCCGUGCACGAUGCCCCAGGCGAAGCCGAAGCCGAAUGCGCACUCCUCCAGCAGCAGGGUAUCGUGGAUGCCGUGCUGAGCGAAGACGUCGAUACGGUUAUGUUUGGCUGCACGCGGACCCUGCGUAACUGGUCCUCAGAGACAAAGGGGAAUAAGACACCUACGCACGUGUCGGUAUACGACACUGCAGAGCUGCGACAGAGCGAGUCGGGCUUGGAUAGGGAGGGCAUGGUACUGGUCGCUCUGAUGAGUGGAGGCGACUACAUCCCCGAAGGCAUCCCGGGCUGUGGGGUAAAGGUUGCAUGCGAGGCCGCAAAAGCAGGACUCGGGCACUCCCUGUGCCGGAUCAAGAUGGCAGACAAGCAGGCAUUGGCAGAGUGGAAGGGGGAGCUGCUCCACGAGCUGAAGACGAACGAGAGCGGCUACUUCAGAACGCGGCACAAGGCGCUGGUGGUUCCAGAAAGCUUUCCGAACAUGGAGGUGCUUCGAUACUAUACCCAUCCAGUUGUCUCGCAGCAAGCAACACUCGAUAAGCUGAGAGACGGCUUCCCUUCCAAGGCGCCUGUUGACGUUAUAGGCCUGAGAGAGUUUGUUCGAGACACGUUCGAUUGGGCUUAUAAAAUCGGGGCUAUUAAGCUCAUACGUGUCUUGGCGCCAAAUCUGCUCGUCCAGGCAUUAGUAGAGCGGAGCGAGCACGCAUCGGCCGAGCUGGGUGAUCUCGAUGCCAUCCAGCAGAACGAAACAUCUCUAAUAAAGGCCAUCUCCAGUCGCCGAAUCCACUUCAGCACUGACGCUACGCCCGAACUGCGGGUAUCCUAUAUUCCAGCCAGCGUAGUGCAGCUCGACCUUGGCGCGGAACCGCAGGAAGUUGCCGUAGCCUGUGGACGCGAGGGUUUAGCCUUGAAUAGCGAUGACGAAUUCGAAGAGGAUGCCGCCGAAAACGGAUUGGAAGACGUCCCCAAAGCUACGAGCCGAAAGAUAUAUGACCCUUCGCAACCAGAACUUAUAUGGGUCCCUGAAUCUGUCGUCAAGCUCGGUGUACCUCUGGCAGUGGAGGACUGGGAGGAUCGACAGAGGGCGAAGGAGUCGCGGAUAAAGGCUAAAUCAAGCAAGAAGGCGAGGCCGAAAAAGAAGGAUAUGCCUGCUGGUACUCUCGAUCAAUGGCUCAAGGUAUCAAAACCCAGCAACACGGUCCCAGAAAAGGGGGCCUAUCGGCUUACCGCAUCCUCCUCAUCGCCAUCCUUGCCCAGUCUACCUUCUGGUCGGGAUGGCCCCGCGUUCCGGGUGCCCUCUCCACCCCUCGUCACCCUCGACGAUACAUACAAAGAGACAUCCUCUACUACACGAAGUAAGAAAUCCAAGCAGUCCAAGGUCCCUGCAACGGCGAGUUUGCGGACGGCACAGACAAACCCUUGGACGCUUGCCGGCUCACAAAGCAGUCCCAGGGUUACGAAGAUCACCGGAUCCUCGCCUGGCAAGUCUUCACGGCAGCCGAUUGUUAUUUCGUCUAGUCCUCACCCCAACCCGCUAUCUUCGCCCCAGGCUACGAAUAUGAGGACUAGGCGAUUGCAAUCGUCGCCGGUACGGAACUCGUCCGUCUCAGAACCGUUCCGGUCCCCUAAUUCCAGCCCUAAAAAACAAAGAUCUUCGCCUGGGCCCGAAAGGAUGCCAUCAAAGGCUAGAAGGGUGAGAGACCGUAAGCGUGAUGAAAGCGAAUCAAGGGAUAAGCUCCAAAACUCAACACAGACCUCGAUCAAAGAUUACGGGUUUCUUAACAAGGCCAGGGGGAGCCGAGCGAAUACCAAAGCCUCCGCCCAGCCAGAUGUAAUAGAGUUAUCAGGGGACGAAACGGACGGAGGUGCGCCGCUGGGACUUCUUGCCGGCGAGUCGGCCAAUCCCGGCUCAGGGUUGCCAGCAGCAGCAGCAGGGGAUGACCCCGACGACCCCUUUGGGCCAACAGGACCCCGUAAGGAAGGACUCAUGACGGGUGAAGUGGACGCCGAUGGAGGCGCCCCGCGGUUAGCCGACGGCUCGUCGAAGAAGACGAGAUUGUAUAUAAGCAGGCUCAGUGAUGUCGGGUACUUCGAAGAAGUCGAAGUCACCCCGGAGGAGGCCGAUCGCCUCCGGAACGAUCGGGGAGCCUCUUCGGCGUCGCGGACGAUCCUGCGGUAUAGUGACGUCUCCAUCGUAGACCUGACUUCCCAUGAGGCGUGAUGGACAGGUAUUGGAUAGUAUGAUACCAAGCCACAAAUAAAUAAAUAAUAAUAAAUUAAUAAAUAC